UACCAAUGGAGGCGUGGAAAGAACCUCAACCAAUCAAAGCAGGUUAGUACUGCUUUAUAAGUUUGUGUUAUUCCAAAUAAACUUGCAGUUUCUUUUUAGGAAAUUGAGUGAAGUCGUAAGCAUGGCAAGAACCAAGCAGACCGCACGUAAAUCUACUGGUGGCAAAGCGCCCAGAAAGCAGCUGGCUACCAAAGCGGCACGUAAAAGUGCUCCGGCCACAGGCGGCGUCAAGAAGCCGCAUCGAUACCGGCCCGGAACCGUGGCUCUGCGAGAGAUCCGGCGUUAUCAGAAGUCCACUGAGCUGCUGAUCCGCAAGCUGCCCUUCCAGCGUCUGGUGAGGGAAAUCGCUCAGGAUUUCAAGACCGACCUGCGCUUCCAGAGCUCAGCUGUUAUGGCGCUGCAGGAGGCAAGCGAGGCGUAUCUGGUCGGUCUGUUUGAGGACACCAACCUGUGCGCCAUUCAUGCCAAGCGAGUGACCAUCAUGCCUAAAGAUAUUCAGCUGGCUCGCCGUAUCCGUGGUGAACGUGUGUUCCUGGAGAACGUCAUUCGUGACGCCGUUACCUACACCGAGCACGCCAAGAGGAAGACCGUCACCGCCAUGGAUGUCGUGUACGCUCUCAAGCGCCAGGGCCGCACUCUGUUGCUCCGUAAAGGGAACUAUGCCGAGCGAGUUGGUGCUGGAGCUCCAGUCUAUUUGGCUGCUGUGCUCGAGUAUCUCACUGCUGAAAUCCUGGAGUUGGCUGGUAACGCUGCCCGCGACAACAAGAAGACGCGCAUCAUUCCUCGCCACCUGCAGCUUGCCGUUCGUAACGACGAAGAGCUGAACAAACUGCUGGGCGGUGUGACUAUCGCUCAGGGCGGCGUGCUGCCCAACAUCCAGGCUGUGCUGCUGCCCAAGAAGACUGAGAAGCCGAGUGAAGUCGUAAACAUGGCAAGAACCAAGCAGACCGCACGUAAAUCUACUGGCGGCAAAGCGCCCAGAAAGCAGCUGGCUACCAAAGCGGCACGUAAAAGUGCUCCGGCCACAGGCGGCGUCAAAAAGCCGCAUCGAUACCGGCCCGGAACCGUGGCUCUGCGAGAGAUCCGGCGUUAUCAGAAGUCCACCGAGCUGCUGAUCCGCAAGCUGCCCUUCCAGCGUCUGGUGAGGGAAAUCGCGCAGGAUUUCAAGACCGACCUGCGCUUCCAGAGCUCGGCUGUUAUGGCGCUGCAGGAGGCAAGCGAGGCGUAUCUGGUCGGUCUGUUUGAGGACACCAACCUGUGCGCUAUUCAUGCCAAGCGAGUGACCAUCAUGCCUAAAGAUAUUCAGCUGGCUCGCCGUAUCCGCGGGGAACGUGCUUAAAUUGGCUUUCAUUGACUCCUGCUCUCCCACCCGCAUAAGUCUGCGGAGAGAAACCAAAGGCUCUUUUCAGAGCCACUUCAA